AUGGCAUUGAAUCUCUUUCGAUCAGGUUUAUCAACGACGAAUAAUCGUCAUGUAUUGAUUACUUUAAUUAAUAUUCGAACACAUUUUACAAAAGCACCUAAUCAUCAUACAAAACCAAAAUGGCGACCAUAUCGACGUGCUAAAGUUCUUGAUAUCGAUUUACCUGAUUUCGAUAAAGAUCGAAAAUUACGUUCAUUUACUAUGGCAGAACAAAGAGAAUAUUUUAAACGUGAAGGUAUUCCACCAGUUCGUACUGCUGAAUAUAAACCAUUAUUUAUCGAUGCAUCAACUGAACCAUUUGAAGCAUAUGUUCCACCAGAAGGUGACGGAAAAGCAACAUUAAUGUCAAGAGAUAGAUUAAAUCAAUUUUAUACAUCAUUAAAAAAGAAUUUAGCUACGAGAAAACAUUCAAGUACAAUUCGUAAACAUGAACCAGAUUUUGAACCAUUAUUAUUUGCAGAUAUAGCUCAACAAAAAUAUGUUGAUGCACAUCAAGCAUUAGUGAGUCGAGAUGAGGAACGUCUUAUUCAAUUAGUAACACCUGGAUCUUUUGCAGAAAUGGGUCGUGGCCUUCGAUAUAAAACUUUACGUUGGAAAUGGAUUGAAGAAAUUGAACCAUCAUAUGUUGUUGCAAUAAAAAGUGGAGAAAUUCUUAAAGGUAUGACUAUGGCUCAAGUAACUGUACGAAUGCAUUCAAAACAAACUUGUGCAAUUUAUGAUCGCUUUGGUCGUUUAAUGUUUGGUAGUGAAACAAUACCAAAAGAUGUUCUUGAAUAUAUUGUUUUUGAACGUGUAUUAACAUUUCCAUAUAGUCAAUGGCGUGUUCAUUCGAAAAUUUUACCAUCAUGGCUUCCACCAUCAGAUCCAUUAUUAUAUACAUUUGAAAAAGCAAAUAUAAAAUUAAUUGAUGAAGGUAGUUCAGAAGAUGCAAUUGAUGACGAAAAGAAACGUGAUCAAAUAAAUAAAGAACAGGAAUCCGUAACGAGAACAAUACCAGCACCAAAUGAAUUAAAAACACCAAUACCAACUAUUUCUGAUAUUAGUCAACAUCAUAAGAAAAGAACUAUUGGCUAUACUUAA